GGCAGAGGCUGUGGCAGCGAGUGAGUGAGUGAAUGAUGAAGUGCAAAAUUUUGAAUGCGGAAAGACAGGCAGAGAAGACGCCAUGGCCAUGGUCUGUUCUGCUGCUGUCUAUGUCUUUCUCAGCAUCAGCGGCAGCAGCUUCCAUUAAAAAGAAGAAAGUCACUGAAGAAGACCCUGACUGUAGAGAGAGAGAGAGAGAGAGAGAGAGAAGGAUUGAUGAGAGUGAGUGCUCCCUACUCUUCUUCUUCUUCUUCCUCCUCCGCCUCCUUUUCUCUCCCCCAAGAAGAAGCAAUCCCUUCCCUUCCUCUCUCUCUCUCUCUACAAGUUCAUUUGUCUCAUUCCUCAGCUACUCCCAUCACCCCCCCACCUAAAAUCUCCCUCACUUUCACCCAACUUCAGUCCCACUCAUUGCAUAAAUCCCACCACUGCUGAGCUUUCACGCCGUCUGGAUCUGGGAGCCCGGAUUCCGAGAGCCGGCAAUGCGGUUCCAUGGCCUCGUCUCGAGGUUGAUUAAUUAAUCAUUGAAGGGCGCUCCGGGAAGAUGGGAUCUGGAGGCAGCAAGGCCUCCUCUAGCAGCGGCCGCAGGGACCGAUCCAAAGGCAAAGCUAGGGUCUUCCAAUCGUCCUGCCUCGGCUCCCUCUCCGGAUCCCGUCGCGGUCCAGACAAUGCCGACCAGGUUUACGAGCCCUGCGACAAAGAUGGUGAUGACUACACUCAACGUGCAAACCAAGAUGAAGCAGAUACAGACCAGCUUAAGACAGCAUCAAACAGAAAAGGCGAAGUUGGUUCGCUCUCCGAAACGGCUGGUGUAUCUUCCAAUGCCGAGCUGCAAGAAUGGGAUCGAUCAUCGAUUAUGUCGGAUACAGCUUCCAGAGCUGGUAGCAGCUCUGUCCGAGCUUCCAUUAAUCGCCAAUUGAAUCCUUCCAGCCGCUUCUUUUCUCGUUUUAGUUUCAAUCGGGGCAAUGUGAGCUUCAGACUGAGUAGAGCAACCAGUUUAGGGUCUUCAAGGGAUUAUCAUGUUUCUCCGACAAAUUUGACGAGAUCGGAUGAUGAAGAGGAUCUUCAUUUCCACGGAGCACCCAGCAGUGGUUUGUUCGAUAUUAAUGAAUCCCGACAAGGUAGUGACUCGCUACAUUCAUCUCGGGUAAAUAGAGAUCCUACACGAUUCAUUGAUGGUGCUCUUGGUAAUAGAUGGUCAAGUUCUCUUGCGUCUGAACCUUCUGACAAUUUAGGAGCCAACUUGACAAUUUCCUCUACCUCAGAUGUGGAUAGAGAUGUUGACAAUGCUAGAGCUGCAGUUGACAUGAAUUUUCGCAAUCCAAGAUUACUUCCUGAGCAUGGGUAUGUUGAGUCUGGACCAUCUGAUAGACGAGCUGGAGCUCGAGAGCCCGUUGAAAGGAAUGUCCGCUUCAGCCGAACACUUAGUGUUGGGAGGCUUCGUGAUAGAGUUCUCCGUCGCUCGUCAUUAUCUGAAUUUACUUACUGUCCUGUUCAACGUGAGGGUGAAGCAAGUGAUGAGGGUCAAGGCACUGAAAGAGAGGGCUUGGGCGUUGAGACUAGGACUUCAGCCGCAGAGAGUAAUGCUGCAAGCCUUCAACCUACGUCAGGAUAUUCUCCUGCUGGUUUGUCUGAUAGCUUGUUCAGUGACCAAUAUCAUGAAGCUGAUACAUCUCGAUCAAGAGAAGCAAGGUAUCGCGAUUUAUUAGAACAUCGGUCAGAUUUCCUGGAGCGCAGGAGGAGAAUACGUUCUCAGGUUCGUGCCCUUCAGCGACUAGAGAGCCGUUUUGAGAAUCUUUCUGGCCAUGAGAGAUCAUGCAUCCUGUCUGGUCAACACAGAACAGGUCGAUGCACUUGCCGUAAUGGUAAUCGCGGUGCUAAUUCAAAUGAUGACACUAACGCUAGGGCUAGCAUAUCAAGAAUUGUGAUGUUGGCUGAAGCUCUAUUUGAGCAAUCCGUGGUUUUAUCUUCACGACCUUCAGUAUCAUCAAUUGGGUCAGUACCUGCUCCAAAUGAAGUAGUCGAUUCUCUUCCGACCAAAUUAUACAGCAAGUUGCAGACUCAGAAGACCGAAGAGGCUGCACAAUGCUACAUAUGCCUCGUUGAGUAUGAGGAGGGUGAAAGUGUCCGAAUACUGCCUUGUCACCACGAAUUCCAUAGGGCAUGCAUUGACAAAUGGCUCAAAGAGAUUCACAGGGUGUGCCCACUUUGCCGUGGGGAUAUUUGCAGAUCUGGUUCAUUCUCUGCAGAGAAUGAAGUUUAAAAGUAUCUUGGAAUCCACUUCUUGAAGAUGACAAAUCCCUUUCCCGAUCUGAUCAUGGAUGUAGUCUUCGGGAAUCUUGUAAAUUCUCUCCAGGCACUGGCAUGAUCGUUGCAUCGGAACCUCGGUCCUUCUUUGCCAAAACCUGCUAAUAGUGGAUUCAACUGCUGUUGUGUGUGAUGUUGUAACAGAGCUCGAAUCACGGGAGGUAAUUAUACGCAGAGAGAGGACCAAAACAUGGAUUGUAACAUUUUGCUUGUGUUAAGUUCACCUCUUCCUGCACAUUUUGCCAAAAAUAUUGACAGGUUUUUUGAUCUAUAAGUUUCAUUACCUGUAUGAGCAGAGUAAUUGAAAACAUCGAAAAUGAGCUAUUGCCUGUUUCGGGAUCAA